UUAUAUUAGUGCAGAACACUGUACCUUUAAUUUAAAUGCCCUUGGAGUCUGCUGGGGAAGAGAAAUAAUACUGUCAGUCAGUAUGACAUGCAGAUGAGUGCCGUCGAUCUUAGAAUCACCGCACACUUCACUCAUUUGGGCAGUCACGGGGCCAAAACCAGAGUGUGGAGCCACAGUGUGGCGGUGGAGGCAGCAGCAAUGGGAGGCCAUACAGCACCCUAUGAAAAAAUGGAACCCACCAGCAGUGUGAGGAGACCUGAAAGUGGCACAUGGCAGAGUGUGGCGAUGGAGACAGCAGCAAUGGAAGGCCGUACAGGGACCCAUGACACACUCUGGACCUGGCAGCAGCAUGAGGAGGCGGUACAGGGGCCCAUGACAGAUUACGGGCCUGGCAGCAGCAUGAGGAGUCGGUACGGGGGCCCAUGCCAAUUACGGGCCUGGCAGCAGCAUGAGGAGGCGGUACAGGGGCCCAUGACAGAUUAAGGGCCUGGCAGCAGCAUGAGGAGGCGGUACAGGGGCCCAUGGCAGAGUGGCGGAGCCCGUCAGCAGCGUGAGCAGACGACAGAGACACAUGGCGCAGGCGGAAGCUGUCAGCAGCGUGAGCAGACGACAGAGACACAU